AUGGCGCUGAUCGAUUGGAUAGAACUGAGUGAUGAUGCAGAGAUUAUUGAAUUGAGCAGUAGCGAGGAGAAUGUCGAAGAAUAUCAGGGAGCUUCCACACAGAGCAACUCAGCUCAGCACCAAGCUACAUUGCAUGAUGAUCAGACCAUGUUUGUCACAGAAGGUGAACGAAGGGAAGAGGCUACCGAAUCUGGAAAUGCAGAGGAAGCUACUGCAUCCUCCUCCGUUACUGAAAAAGAGUCUGGAAAUCCAGAGGAAGCUACUGUAUCAGAGACUUGUCCUCACACUCCAACAGCCGUUGUUACUCUAAAAGAGUCCAGAAAUCCAGAUGAAGCUACUGUAUCACAAACUUGUCCUCACACUACAACAGCUGUGACGUUCCCCGGACCUGAUCCCUUCUCUCCGAAGGCUCUGACUUUUCAAGCCUGUGUCGCCAAGCCGCGGAGAGCGAAGGCGAAACGUCGCAGGAAGCUCUUCCACGCCGAUACACCUUGGACUUGGAGGAGCCCUAGGCUUGAAGACAAGCAUAAAGGUCGUAGAAGGCCCGUGGAAGAGCUGGCAGUUGAGCGCAAGGCUUCUGCCAUGCCGGAAGAAGAAGAACAGAAGAACACCUCGGCUAGGAGCCGGAGGAAAUGCAAGGUGUUCGGCAAACGGUGUAACCUCGGCAGAUAG